CUGCUCGGGCGGGAGGUAGCUUUGCCCAAGCUCAGGGGGUAUUUCCAACUCUGGGACUUUCACUUCCACUUCACCAGGUGGGCGGGGUGACCUCCCGGGGACGAAUCAGAUUCGUCCUCAGCCUCGACUUGAAGCUGCAGCAGCGUGCAGGACCCCACACCUGCAGCCAGCCCGAAGCAGCAGCAGCAGCAGCAGCAGCCGCAGCAGCAGGACCAUGGAGGAGCAGCGCGACCUCAUCAACAGCCACGAGCAGCUCCCCAUUCUUGGCCAGCGCCCCCGGGCCCAGCAGAGCAACUGCAGCCGUGGAGCCCUGGCCACCGGCUUCUCUGUCCUGGUGGCCCUGCUCCUGGCGGGCCAGGCCACCAUGGCCUACUUCCUGUACCAGCAGCAGGAACGCCUGGACAAGCUGUCGGUGCUCUCCCAGAACCUGAAGAUGGAGCAGCUGCGCCUGACCCUUCCGAAGUCUGCCAAGCCUGUGGGCAAGUACCGGAUGGCCGCUCCCAUGAUGAUGCAGACAAUACCCCUGGCCAGGGAGUUCCAGAAGCCCCUGCAGAACGCCACCAAGUACGGCAACGCCACGCAGGACCACGUGAUGCACAUGCUCCAGAAGUCUGACCCCCUGAAGGAGUACCCGCAGAUGAAGGGCAGCUUCUUAGAGAACCUGAAGCACCUCAAGGACACCAUGGACAGCUUGGAGUGGAAGGCCUUCGAGGGCUGGCUGCACCAGUGGCUCCUGUUCGAGAUGAGCAAGAACUCCCUGGACGUGGGGCCCACCGAGGUGGCACCAACCCAAGCACUGACCAAGUGCCAGGAGGAGGUCAGCCGCGUCCCGGCCGUCCACCCGGGCUCGUUCCGUCCCAAGUGUGACGAGAACGGCAACUACCUGCCGCUGCAGUGCUAUGGCAGCAUCGGCUACUGCUGGUGCGUCUUCCCCAACGGCACCGAGGUGCCCAACACCAGGCGCCGGGGGCACCCUAACUGCAGUGAGCCCCAGGACGUGGAGGACCCGUGGUCCGGGGAGGGUGUGACCACGAACAUGGAGAAAUUACGCCUAGCUCUUUGAGAGCAGCUGAGGCAAACACCGGCCCCCAGGAACCAGGCAGCAACAGCUCCUUGCCCUGACCCUGCCGCCACGAGCCCCCUGCUGCCCCCAGCCCGCUCUCACCCCAGUCCCCGAGAGCCCCCCAGAAGACAGGGCCCAGGACCAGCCUCUGGGCCCCCACGGUCUCCUUCCCUCAUGCUUAGGCUGUGACUCUCCAGCCUGGGGGCCGGGGGGUGGGGGAACGAGGAACUGCCAGGAGCAUGGUUGCCCACCCACCCAGGCCUCCCCACCCCUCCUCACUGUCCGAGUUCCCUCAGCCGAGCCAGCUUGUCACUACUCCGGGGGCCACAGCUUGUGUGACAAUAAAAGGUAGUCA